AUGUCUCGUCUUGUUGUGGCUUUGACUCUCAAGUCCUGCUCCGGGUCUGGGAAAGCGAGCGGAGUGCGCGGGGGCCGUAGUGAGGGGAGGCUUUCAAAGAGUGGCAACGUGGAUCGGGAUCGACGUGAGAGAGAAAGAGAAAAGGAGCGAUGGCGGAGGCGCAAAAAUGGGUAUGAGGGGAGGAAAAAAAAGGGAAAGAGGGAAGAAGAAGCGGAGAAGGAAGAAAAAGUCGGCAGCUUCUUGGCUUUCUUGAGAGGGGGGAUGGGAGUUUUGGCAGGUUUUGGUAAGUGGGCGGGAGUUUUGGCGGGAGUUUGGCGGAAGUUGGGGCCUUUGGCGUGUGUCGCGAGUGGGUGUGUCGUUGGAGACUCGGUGGGUUGGAGACUUGGAGACUUGGAGGUUCUAGUCCGCUUCGGGGCACCAGGGACACCCAGCGAUGGCUUUUUCCUUCUUACCGGCGUAGCUGUUGUGGUGAAGCGAGAUGCCGCUGGCGUCGGGGUCGUCGGUUGGUGGUGUGGAACUUUGGGGGGGAGGGGGAUUGCGACUGGGAUUUGCAAUUGCGACUGCGACUGCGACUGCAACUCGUCUGCGACUGCGACUGCAACUCGACUGCGGCUGCAACAACUACAACGACCAGGUUUCGUUCCGCCUCGCCUCGUGGGAAAGUGGCUGGCGACUGUGCGUCAGUCUUGCGUCGUGUCUGUGUGUUUCGCUGCGGUGCGCGCGCAAGCAGCCGGCAACAAAGCGGCAAGCAAUCUGCCUACUACCGACGCAAAAAGGCGAGAUGAUGACUGGCUGCGACAUGCAACGCCAGCGCAACACAGAGGCAACGGCAAACGGCAGUGCAGAUAUGGGAUACACGUAGGUUUGCCGUGGAAAGAAAAAGUGAAAGCUGCGUUGGACUUGAAACUUGCUCUGAAGAUGUGGACGAUGGGACAUGGGGACGGAUCAAUGGGAUGGCGGGGUUUUUUUGCUUUAUUAAAGGACGAAUGGACAAAGCUUGACACUACUACCGAGUACCACUCGUCAACCUUCAACCCAUGGCAGAUAUUCUUUUCCCUCAUAUGGGAACCUCGGACAGGGGACCAGGCAAGGACCUCCUCGACAAUGGUGCCAGUGCGGAGGGCACCUGCGGAGGGCACCGGCGUCACGGGCGGAAUCGACUCAAAACGAGCACCCGCGCAAAUCCCCCGUGGGACCGUCCGGUGGAGCGAGUUGAUGGAGCGAGUUGACCGAGCGAGUUGA